CAUGAAAAUCAGAAAAGGCGUCCACCUGGUUCGCCGCACCGCUAAAAGCCAAGACUGAGCAAAACUUGCAGACCCCUACAAGAAAUAACAACGGAUCAAGGAGGAGGGAAGGAAGGAAGACCACAUAAGCAAGAUCAAGAUAAGGGAAGCGUAAAGGGCACCAAUACAAAACUCAACUCUGACACGCAGAGACACCCAUAGUUCAGAGGAACCCCUAUUACAGGAGAGAGAAAAGUCCGUUAGACCCAUCUCCUACACAGUCGUGUGAUCAAUUCAAAAGGAUAACUUUUGUUCUACUCUUUGAAUCUUCCGAAGAAUACGCCAGUCCACUUCUGCAAGCACAUCUGGGAACAAACACUUUGCAAUCUAAAUCUUCCAAUUGAACUUCUUUUCCGCUUUGUUGAGAAAGGCCAUGUUGUUUGGAAGAGAGACACCAAUAUCACUCUCACGGCUAAAAGACUCUGCAACUGCAGGAGAAAGGGGAAGGAGAAAUUGGAUGGCCACCUCUCUGCUUUGCCUUUUCACCAUUCUCGCCAUUCUAUCCCAAGUCGCUUGCGUUGAUGAUAAAUGUGCCGCCUGUAAAGCUGUCGCGGGAGAGCUAGAGUUUGGACUUUCCAAUGAAAAGCCAAGGAAUCAUCUGGAUAUGAGACAUCGCCUGGACUCUAAAGGUCAGCGUAAAGGAAAGGUGAUUGAUUACAGGGUCAGUGAUUUGAGGGUUGUUGAACUCCUGGAUGGGCUUUGUGAAAAGAUGCAAGAUUACACUCUUGAGAAGAUAAAUUCAACCAGACAGGAAUGGGUCAAAGUGGAUGACUGGGAUAACCUCACUGCUGAUAAACAAGAAGCUCGAGCAUAUUCAAAAGAUAUAUCGAGUUAUUGUGGAAGGUUGCUUGAGGAAACUGAAGACGAGUUAGCGGAAUUGAUAAAGAAAGGAUCUGUUAAAGUUGGGGAAGUAAGGAAGGUUCUCUGUCAAGACCUCAGCAAAAAUUGCGGCCAGACAAGCGGUUACCUUCAGAUGGACAGCAGUGACGAUGAUGGAAUUGACGCAGAACUUUAGGUCACUCAGAUUUUCACUGGUUGUAAUUGUUUCUUUAUUCACUCCACGAAUUUUGUUAUGGAGUCGGGAUGUAAUGUAGAGUAAUUGGUACCAUGCAUGAAUGUCAAUUAUUAAAGCAAAUGAAAAUUUUUUGUCAUGCAGUUUAACUCUCU